AUGAAUAGAAAGAAGAGAGAGAGAAUUCAAUAUGAAAAAAGUAGUGAAAUCUCUAUACAAGUAGCAAGGAGAUUACUGCAACUUAAGUACCAUGGUGAAUCAAGAUAUCCAAGUUAUCAUAUACCACCUUCAAUAUCCCAGAAAUUGGAAUUUAAGAGACUAAUGCUAAGUAGUAUCAUAAAUAUGAUUAAUGAUGUUCCCCAAGAGAUACGUGGUCACUGCAAAUUUAGUAAACCUUCUAAAAUUACUGAAAUAGUAUUCAGUAGAGAUAUAUUCUUCAUCUUAAAUGACUCUGGACUUGGAGCGGCUUACUGCCGAUACAAUAAUAACUUACUUUGUGUAUUAAAUAGAUCCCCUUCUGAAAUAAUAAGGUCGUUAUUCUACAACAAGCUCAAUGAUACUUUGGUAAUUGCGUAUCAUCACGAUCCAACUACUUUAAACUGUGCUAUAAUUAAUAUUCGAGACAUUAAGGAGAAAAAGAGUUUAAUUAAUUCUGAUUGUGAAGAUUUUCAGCAAGUUAAAGUGGGAAGCCCAGGAUUUAUAGAAUUUGAUGAUGGAAAUGAAAGAAUCGUUGUAGCAGAUCCACACAAUGACGAUUUCAUAUUUUGGGAUAUGAGAAACUAUAAGAAAUUGUAUGAAAUCAGCAAACAAGAAUUUUUGGAAAUGAGGAUAUCAGAUGGAACAGUUGUAUUCUUUCGUCAGCCAACACACUCAACUAUUGAAGCACAUCUAUGUGGUAUAAUGGAUGGAAGACAUUUGGGAAAGACUAUUAUUAAACUGAGAUCAUCUCUUGAUAUUCAAUUUUUGGAGCUACAUCGUGAAUAUCUACUUAUAAAGCAAGAAAACUCAUCUAUCAGGGUUUGGGACUUAUUAUCACACAUAUGCAGAAAAGUACCCAAAACUAGGGAUUUUCAUCCAAAAGCAUUUAUAUUUUAUGAUCAAGUAGUAGAUAGUACUACUAGUACGUACUUCUUAACAGUAUCCUGCGAUGAAAUUGAUGUAUGGCUUUGCAGUAACUCAGGCUAUAUAGAGAAAAAAUUUAGUAUUAGCUUGCCAGGAAUAAAGACAGCUGACUGUGUUAAUGUAUGUUACAAGAAAGGAAUAAUCAUGGCAUAUAGUAGUGGUUUAUUUUUAGAAGAUACAGAUGGAAUGAAUGAAUACGAACAUGAUGAAUAUACAGAGAGAACGAUUUGUAGGACACCUCAAUUUAUCCAAGCUUCAAAGUACUUCGAAUAUAUUAAUAAAAAGGUAAUAAAACCUCCAGAACUAAAUGUUGGUGAAUGGCCUAAUGAAAUUCCAAAUAUGAAUAGUCCCUCAGGUAUAUACUCCUUACUGAGUCCUGAACUUAAUGAUGGAUUGAGUGCGCCUAUUUAUCCCGAGCUGAACUCUCUUAGCUCUGCAAAUUCAUUAAGAAAAGCAAUUUAUAUACACUCACUAAUAGAUGGUCAUCGGAUCGGACUGGUAUAUUGUGAUAUUUGUGAUCAAUCAGAGGAUAUUGUGAUAUUACACUAUGAUAGUGACGGUAUGGAGAUUGCAUGUGGCACAAAUAAUGGGUUAUUUAGACGAUACAAACAUAACUUUAAAGAAGGGUUCAUUCAUGGAGAUCUUACAAUAGAGAACAAGGAAAUUCAUAAUCACCUUGCUAAUUAA